AUGUUCGGCUUUUUACCCAUACUUUUAUUAACAGCCAGCUAUGCUCUGGGUACACCUCUCAAACCAACAUUCACAUCUUGUCUAUCCUCUUACUCGCCAAUUGCAGCUGGCCAGGACCGUCUGAAUGUCACCGACAUUUAUGCGGAGAUCUUACCGGGAGAUGAAGCGAAAAGGCUAGGUUUAACGGGAGAUGGUCAUAGGGUCUUGAGGAUAGAUUUGGUCGGCGUAGUUGGAUCGGAAGUUACGGGUUACGAUAAUGUAACGAACAAGUUGGCUACUCUAUUCACAGAUACGAAAGCUGCGAGUUUCAAUGUAUACCAAUCGACUUCAUGGCUAUGUAAUUCCCUCUUCCCUCCUGAAUUACCCACGCCUUAUUAUCCCUAUAAUACAACUUAUUGUCCAUUACCAGCCGGUAAUUUCGCUAUCAACAUAACAGUACCUCUGUACAAAUCAUACGCCUUAACAACAUUACAAACUGAAGUGAGAAUAGUAGAUACCUCGUUGAAUGCGGCAAAUUUAGCUUGUAUUGAUAUUCAGGUUUCGCCUUACAAUAGGAAAGGAUGGUAUUAUAAGUUAUUUUUAUGGUUACCUGUAUCAAUAGCGAUUGGAUUUUGGAUUGUUAGUUGGGGAGCAAGGUUCAUCACUGGUUGGAUAGUGGGAAGUGGCGUAGCUGAAUAUGAUCAAAAGGAGAAAAAUGCACUCAAAAUCGCAGGAACUAAUGGUCCUAAUAGAAGAGAAGUGAGAUUGAGGAAAUGGGGUACCAUGAUCAUUAGUGGUCUGAGUGGUGAGAGAUUGAGCGUUAGUGGUGGACUAUUAAGAUUUGUGACACCUUCUCUCAAGGAUAUCAUGUUUCAUAUCCAAUUCUGUACGAUGUUGGGUAUGAUAGCUGUGAAUUGGCCGGGAUUCGCUUAUCCGAUAUUUGCCAGAGGAGCAUGGGCAGAUCUUGUGUGGAACACAACCCUCGUUCAAGGAUCGGACUUGGAUACCAAGCGGAUCAACACUUAUCCUGCCAACUACACUCCGCCUACAGCCUUCGCAACCCAGAUGAAUGACGCUCAGUAUCCCUUGUAUCUCGAUUCAUCCACUUUCAACCCCUUGUUUGACAAUCACGAUUCUGCUCAUGGUAUAGCAUCCUUCGCUACCGCAGUUGGUCUUCGACCUCAAGAUCUCUUCGGCACUUGUUUGGCUAUCUUCUUACUCCUCACAGCUGCAGUAUUUAUAAUCAGUAUCUUCGUCUGGGCCCUGCAUGCUCUCUUCGAAUACCUCUCGAUAGGUCCACCAAAACAGCAAGGAAGUCCUGGGCCUAAAAGAUCUAGUUUAGGCAGUAGUCCUCGAGGUAGUUUGGGUGCUAAAGAAGCUUAUGAUCCUCGGAACACGCUCUGGUCGGAUGGUCCAAACACUCUGCCCACCAGAGCUUCGCUUGCACAACAAGCAAAGGCGUCUGCCGCGUCUCCCUUAAGGCGGAUCUGGCUGAGAUUCAAGUUCAAAGGGGAGGCAGGUGCUUUCCACGCUGCUGCCUUGUAUGGUAACCUUAUUCGAUUGAUCCUCAUCUUCCAUCUGCCGAUAACCAUAUUCUCAAUAUAUCAACUUAUCGUGGGCGGUCGAGCAAGUAUCGUGUCUCGAGUAUUCGCGGCUUUGGCUUUCGUGUUCAUCUCCGUCACAAUACCUGCCUACAUUUUAUAUCGAAUCUCAAGAGCACCCAGCGGCAAACUGUACGAUGCAACAAGAACGCUUUUGUCUUUGGGACCGAUGUAUAAUAUAUAUGUUGAGAGCAAGCAGAUGUACCGCGCUGUUCCUCUUACCGCAAGUCUGAUUGUUGGAAUAGUCGUGGGAGCUGGGCAGAAAAGUGGAAUUGUUCAAGCGGUCAUUAUUAUAUUGGUAGAGUUAGCUAUGCUGAUAAUACCUGGAGUCUGGUAUCCUUGGGGAGAAGGUGCAAGCAUGGGAGCUUCCAAUGCUUUUUUAGGACUAAUACGUCUGUGUACAGCAGUUUUGGUCAUGCUACUCAGUUCAACAGUUGCUCUGAAUACCUCUGCAAACGACUGGAUCACUUACGCCAUCUUGAUCCUCCAAGCAAUCGCAUUUGUGUUUUUCCUUCUUAUGCUCAUCACGAAGCUUAUCGAGGGGGCAAUCCGAGUGUUCGGUACACUCCAUUUCGACGAAUCGACUCAUCCCCUUGAUGGAGGUAUUUUCGCUGCUAUCAUGGAUCUCGAUUGCUUGAACGGUGUCAGAGGUGGCAAAGCCGCAGCCAGAAAGAGGAGGAAGAGGGGUUCAAAGCAAUUGCAAAGAAACGUUUCUGCUGCAGGAUCGUUGACUACUCAAAUGAUGUUGGAUAGGCAUUCUCAAGGUGUAACUAGACCUCCUGUCACUUCGGAAGGGACCACACCAUUCUUAUCUCCUGGAUAUCCAGCUUUCUCAAUGCAAGAUCGUCAAGGUUACUUCCCAGGCUACGUCCCACCUCUUGGACCACCGCCACCUGAACAAGAAAGAUUGAGCUCAGAAUCAAGAUCAGCUGAAGGCGGUGGCGAUAACAUAAUGGAUGCCUGGAGACCUUCUCCUGUAGUCAGUGGAUAUGCUGCUCCAGGGGCUUAUGUUCCUUCGGCUACUUCACCUGUGCAAGGACUUUACCCGCCAUCAAAUGACUUAAAUCGACAGAGUGGCUCGGCUCCCUCGAGGAGUUUCUCAGUCAUCAAAGGUGGAAGAGCAGAUUUUCAAAAUCCUUAUGAUGUUUUAGCUGGGUCCAGUCCUUCUCGAGUCUCACCUACGACUGUCGAUCCAAGUGCAGCACCUCCUCAAGUUCGGGUUGCGCAAGUCUCUCAUAGGCCAAUGUCACCACCUCAUAACCGCCAGCAAUCGUCUUCGGCCGUCAUUGAAUUGGCUACUCCUAUCGGAUCACCUAACUUAUCACCACAAUCGAGACAUACGCCUCUAGGCGCAGGCGGAUCAUCUCGUCAAUCACAACAAGGCAUACGACCGAACAAUGAAGGCUUACGACCUCCAGCAUUAGCUAUACCUAAAAGAAGGUCUUUGAAUGACCUCAAGAAUGAUCCAUCUCCAGAUAGUCAGUAUUCCACUUCAACGCGCAAAAAACAUAAGAGAGGUAAAUCUGCAGGAUGGUUUGCACGCGCGAAUGGUAAAUCACCUAUAUCAGAUGAAUCCGAGGAAGAAACAGAUGAUGAGCCUGGACCGUCAAGGCGUAAAGCUAAACAAAAUAGAUCAUCGAAGACACCUGUAAACCAAGAACACAGAGAACCAUUACCGUUUGAACCAGUACCUUUAAGUCCGGAAUUAGAACAGGAGAAAUCCAACGGAUUUAGAUUCUUCACUCUGGGAAGAAAGAAACGAGUUGAUGACGAGUUUACCGCGCAAGCGAGAGAUGAGAAUAAAGCUAGAAAAGCUGCAUUGGCCGCUGAAUCAGGUGCUUUAUUAGCUGGUGUCGAAGCUCCUACCACCUCACCUUCGUCCAACAAAGCUUUUGUAGUGAAGCGUCCAGGUCCAAUAACGAUGUCUUCAUUAACCUCACAAACGCAAUCUUCUUCACCAUCAAAUUAUGCGCAAGCAUCAUCGACUUUCAAAGUUAAAAGAACAAAUCAACCUGUUCCCACACCAUCACCGCAAUAUAUCCACGGUAAUCCAUACGAAAAUGUAAAUGAGAAUGGGAAUUAUGUAGCAUCAGUUCAUCCAAGUCCCAACCCUGGCACUUCGAGUGGAUUCACAAGUGUCAAUGUCACUCCAGGAAGCAUCAGUAAUAAAUCGAACAACGGCGUUGAAGGUAAUAAUUCGACCAAAGGUUUCAAAGUAUUAAGACCUCCUAAAUUCGGUAAUUCUUCACCUCAAACUCCGCAAACUUCAUCAAUACCCUCGAGUGCCUCACGAUCGCAGUCAAACACUCCUCCUUCUGGGGAUAUAGGUUAUCCGCCAACUGCUUUUGUUCCUAUAUCCUCCACUACUUCAUUAUCGCAACCACAAGGUCAGUCAAAAGUGAGUAACGAGAAUUCGAAACCAGGAGGAUUGGGGCCCGCAAGACCAACUAGAGAUCCAAGAAGGUUAAGUGGGGAGAUGAAGCGAUAA